AUGGCAGUCAGAAGUCGUAGAAGAAGCAACAAGAAAAAGACUCUUUUGCGCACGAGCGUUGCUCAAGAGAAUAAUGCAACGUAUUUACUUGCCGCAGAGGAACUGCAUGAAAGCAGCAUCGAUCUGAACGUAGGCACCGAAGCGCCACCGGUCGAGCACCUCGAAAAUCUCAUGCCAGCCAAGGAAUUGAACCACCUGAGAAAGCAAGGAUUGCAACAAUUAGAGCCUAUAAAUGAACAUGAAAACAGCGAAGACGAAGAGACUAUGAAACUCGAGUCUGUGACAAAAGACUCAGGUCCCGUCUCCGAAACUGAGGUCCAAAAACUGCUAUUGAGCUACGCCUUUACAAGUGGCCUAGUACAGGAAGAAGAUGAAGAAGACUUACGUGGCACACUAACCACAAUGUCGUCCCCAUCUGCGUCUUCCGUAUCAACCUAUUUCCAAGCCUUCAUCGAGAAAACCAAGCAAUUUUUCUAUAGUUUGAGCUUAUAUUUGAUAGAAAAAUUCCAAGCUUUAAAAAACGGCGUGUAUGAGGUCUUUUGGAUCAUCGUCAUUUAUAUAAAUUACUGGUUUCCCAAUGUGGGAAACUAUAUGAGGUAUGUCAACUGUCAAUACUCUCCCGGAGCCGAAUCUUCACUUUACUAA